AUGAAUGCCAACAUCAGUCAAGUACCUACAGACGGCGACCCAACAAGGCCUCGAGCUCAGUCUGCAAAUUCAUUCUGCUCCUCCUUCAAAUCACCUCGACUCGCACGUUUUGCCGAGGCGACGACGGUCAACUCACCAAUCGAGCCUCCCCGAUCGUCUUUCAUAGCUUUACCAACGAACCACUUCCGACCGCAGCCUCAACCUUCUGACAUUGGAUUCGGAUACAUUGAUGACAAACACACAUCACACGUAACGGUCGAAAUGGAAGACACUGAUAACAACCAUCUGCCUCGAGGUAGAAGCGAUGCCCCUCUGAGCCCACCAUUGAAGAGUGCAAUGAAGACCCCUGGUAUAGCACCAAGAAACUUUGGCAACAUCAUGAGUCCAACAUUUCGUGAAGAAAAUGUCCUGGAGAAGCGAGAACUUGCUACCGAGAAAGAGCAGGCCAAAGACGUUAAAAUCAAAGCUAGAGUUCGUGCGGCCAAGAUCUUUCUGAGGAGUAUCAACUUCGCAUGCUCUCUGAUCGUUCUAUCCAUGAUCGGAACAACGUUCGCAAUUUUCAACGCGACAAAGCACUUGUCGGCUCGUAGCAAUCUGCCUCCAUGGGCCAUCGGGACAAGUCCAUGGCCCCAAAUUCUACUCUUGGUGAUCGCCUGUAUCUCCAUGGUAUUCUGUAUUGCCAUCUUCUGGAGUUACUGCAGAGGCGGGCACAAGAGAGCCGAGAAAGUGCAGACUUACUACACUGUCUUCGCGGUUGGAUUUUUCGCCUUCAGCAUCGUCAUGUGGGGAAUUGGAGCUGGAGUCCUCAAUACUACAAGAACCAACAGCAACGGUCAGGAUCUCUGGGGUUGGUCUUGCAAAGAGAACAAGCGUAAAGAACUUUUUGCUGCUGAGGUCGAUUACGCCCUUGUCUGCCGGUUGCAGAAUUGGUCCUUGGUGUGUGCGGUGAUCGAGAUCGUUGUUGAGCUUUGCGCGAUUGGCGUAUACUCUUUCGUCUUUUACCGCAUAUGGUCCAAGAGAAAGCUGCGCAAGUCAAUGGCUGUUCGUGACCGCGCUCGCUCCGAUCUGUACCUCGCUCAAUUACGUUCCCAAUCAGCACCGAACACGCCUGGUCUAAAUGGUCCCCUGAGUCCAAGAGAUGGUGGUUGGAGACCACCUGUCGACUAUUAUAAGGCCGGACCAUCUGUUGAGGCUGGUAUAACCGAAGACGAGGGCAUUCGCUAUGUUGAUGCUUUUCAACAACCCCCACUCCCUAAGCCAUUUAUGCUGCAACCACCCCCAUCCAAGGGCUUGACCCCAAAGAUGCAGCAAACUGGUUUCACUCCCCUCAACUAUACAUCACCAACGGACUCGCGAUCGCCUUCACCCAUACAGAUGCAACCUAUAGAGCAACGGCAGGGCCACUUCGGUGCCGCUCCUGGUGAACAAGUCUACGAAUCUGUGCCUAUCCCUGGAUCAUAUGGCAGUCCGUUGAGCUCGCCAGCCGUCGCUCCUCGACAGAUGACCUUUCCACGCUGA